GUGCGCAGCAGGCCCAGCCCGGUUUUCCUCACUGCCUUGUCUUGAAGACAACGAUGCCAAAGAAAGCGAAGCCUGCAGGGGAUGGGAAGGAAGGGGGGCCUGUCCCUUGCAAGCAGGUGAAGGUGGAGGCAGCUGGUGGGCCUUCCCAUUUGAACUUUGAGAGCCCCAGUGGCCUCUUUGAAAGUUUAAUCUCACCCAUCAAGAUGGAGGUUUUUUUCAAAGAAUUCUGGGAGCAGAAGCCGCUUCUCAUGCAGAGAGAUGACCCUUCGCUGGCCACAUAUUACCGGUGCCUGUUCAGGCUCUCAGAUCUGAAGCGUCUGUGCAGCCGGGAUGAGCCUUGGAGGAUCCAGGAGAAGCUGGAGUGCUACUCUGGCUCCUUGGUUGGCUCGAGCGUGUCCAUAACCCCCGCGGGAGCUCAGGGCCUGCCGUGCCAUUAUGAUGACAUUGAGGUUUUCAUCCUGCAGCCGGAGGGGGAGAAGCACUGGCGCCUGUACCACCCUACGGUGCCCCUGGCGCGAGAGUACAGCGUGGAGGCCAAGGACAGGAUCGGGAGGCCAGCACACGAGUUCACGCUGAAGCCGGGAGACUUGCUGUACUUUCCCAGAGGGACCACUCAUAAGGCGGACACUCCCGCGGGGCUGACCCACUCCACGCACCUGACCAUCAGCACCUACCAGAGCAGUUCACAGGGAGAUUUCCUUUUGGACACCAUUUCAGGGCUUGUGUUUGAUACCGCAAAGGCAGAGGUGGCGCUCCGGGCCGGUAUACCCUGGCAGGUGCUCCUGCAGGUGGAAACCCCAGCUGUUGCAACAAGAAGAUUAAGUGGCUUUCUGAGGAUGCUUGCCAACCAGCUGGAGGGUACCAAAGAACUGCUUUCAGCAGACAUGAAGAAGGAUUUUGCUGUGAACAGGCUCCCACCUUACUAUAUGGGAGGUGGAGCAGAGCUUUCAGCACCAGGUGGACAGUUUCCAGGGUUGGACAGCACAGUGAAACUGCAGUUUAGAGACCACAUUGUCCUCACUCUAGAACUCGAUCAGGACCCAUCAGAUGAAACUCAAGAAAAGAUGGUGUACACCUAUCAUUCCUUAAAGAAUAAGAGAGAAACACACACGAUGGGAAACGAGCAAACAGAGCCUUAUGGACUUCACUUUCCUUUAUCACAUAUGGAUGCACUGAAGCAGGUUUGGAACAGUUCAGCUAUUGCUGUCAAGGACCUGAAACUUCCUACAGAUGAGGAAAAGCAAAGCCUGGUAUUAUCCCUCUGGACAGAAUGUUUAAUCCAAGUAAUCUAGUGCCUUUGCAGAAUCAAAUGUCUACUGUUUUAUAUAUAUAUAUGGAGUCCCUGUUGCUUUGAGCCAAGGACACAAUGAAUGUAACUUUCCUUACCUGUGUAUCUA